AUGUCAGUCGAAAUCGAGCCGUCCGAGCUGAGCUUCCAGCAACCAUUCACCAGGGAGCUAUCCCAAUACCUGAAGAUCACCAACCUAAACAAGUUUCCUAUUGCGUUCAAGGUCAAAACGACGGCCCCGAAACAAUACUGCGUGCGCCCUAACUCUGGUCGAGUCGAACCUGGACAGGAUGUAGAAGUCAACGUGCUCCUCCAGGCCAUGAAGCAAGAACCUGGUCCUGGCACCAAAUGUCGCGACAAGUUUCUCGUCCAGUCUGCCCCCAUUACAGCGGACAAAGAGUUUGCAAGCAUCGUCCAUGUUGCAUCGAUUCUGGAGAAAAAGAUAAGGGUUAACUGGAUUCCUGCCGACCAAUCCUCUCUCGCCGCUACUACUCCUAGUCGCACUUCAGCGGGCGACAACUCAACGUCCGGUACGCCCGACGUAACCCGCACCUUUUCCUCCCCCAACGAGGAGAGCCGAGCGCGUCUUAGUCCCCCUCCCCCGUACGACGCCGACUCGGCUGCCUCCAAAGAGGAGGAUGUCCGCUCCGAACACGACCAGUCGGUCGUUUCUGCUGCUGCGAGCGCAGUUACCCACAAUGCACAGUUGACAUAUGAGGAAAUCAAGGAGAAGCUCGCGCAAGCCGAGGCGAAGAUCCGGCAACUUCAACAAGACAGUGGUCUACGCCAGCGCGUUAAGAACGCAAGCGAAAAGGUGCAGGCAUCUUCCGCCAAGCAGGCCGCCGCAGUGCAGCAGACUGUUGAAGGCGUGCCGGUUCAGCUGGUAGCUCUUCUGUGCCUCAUCAGCUUCUUGCUCGCGUACUUCGUCUUCUGA